GUUUUUACUAUUUUCAUUUGAAAAAGUCAAAUCUCCAACCAAUUCGCGGCACUGAAAGCGUGAGAGCUCUCGUCAAUCUCAAGCAGCGGAAUUAUCAAGGAGAAUUGCAUCCAAUUCUCCAUCGGUGGCUCAAUGAUGUGGAUAACGAGAUUAAUUCGACGCCCACUGCCCCAAUUUCAGACCGCCGCGAAUUUCUCAUCCUCCGCGGCGGCGGUGGAGGCGGAGAGGUGCAUAAGAGAUGGGGCCAGGAACGACUGGAAGAGAGAAGAAAUCAGCUCCAUCUACGAUUCCCCUGUUCUCGAUCUGCUAUUCCACGCUGCUCAAGUUCAUAGACAUGCUCACAAUUUCAGAGAGGUGCAGCAGUGCACGCUUCUAUCAAUUAAGACCGGUGGAUGCAGCGAAGAUUGUUCCUAUUGCCCGCAGUCGUCCAGAUACAGCACCGGCGUCAAAGCGCAUAAGCUUAUGAAUAAAGACGCAGUCUUGGAGGCUGCUGAAAAGGCAAAAGAGGCUGGUAGCACUCGGUUUUGUAUGGGUGCAGCAUGGCGAGACACUAUAGGAAGGAAAACUAAUUUCAACCAAAUCCUUGAGUAUGUUAAAGAAAUAAGGGGUAUGGGUUUGGAGGUUUGCUGCACUCUGGGGAUGAUAGAGAAGCAGCAAGCUUUAGCACUCAAGGAGGCAGGACUUACAGCUUACAAUCAUAAUCUCGACACCUCAAGAGAAUACUACCCAAAUAUUAUAACCACUAGAAGCUAUGAUGAACGGCUCCAGACCAUUGAGUAUGUCCGUGACGCGGGCAUCAACGUCUGUUCAGGUGGAAUAAUAGGGCUUGGUGAAGCCGAGGAGGAUAGAGUUGGCUUGUUACAUACAUUGGCAACUCUCCCGGCGCACCCUGAGAGUGUUCCCAUUAAUGCGCUCAUUGCUGUACAAGGCACACCCCUGGAAGAUCAAAAGCCAGUUGAAAUAUGGGAGAUGAUCAGGAUGAUUGCAACAGCACGCAUUGUGAUGCCAAAGGCGAUGGUGAGGCUCUCAGCUGGGAGAGUUCGUUUCUCAAUGCCCGAGCAGGCACUUUGCUUUCUUGCUGGCGCAAAUUCCAUUUUCACGGGAGAGAAGCUCUUGACAACUCCCAACAACGACUAUGAUGCCGACCAGACCAUGUUUAAGCUGCUCGGGCUCACUCCCAAAGCUCCUGAUUUCUCACAAAAGUCGGCCAUCUUUGAAACCGAACGUGUUGAGGUGGCAGCUUCGAGUUCUGGAUGAAUCUGCAAUCUCUCUUUUCCUGUCUUUUCAUAUUGUAAACUUUAUGAACUUGUGUAGCUCUAGGAAGAUAGUCCUGCCUUUCAUCCAAUUCUGCACACUUGUAGUAUAUUGUUUGGUAGUAUGUUAUUUCAA